AUGCUAAAAAUUUCAACAGCAACAUUAUUAAUCUUCAGUUAAGUCAUCUCUUCAUUCAUUCCUUCUGCAUCGAAAGACAUGGCAGAGCGAAUUCGUUUGGCAGUCGGAAUUAUGGGGAAUGCAGCCUCUUUGUUGCUCUAUGCUGCCCCAGUACUAACUUUUUCAAGGGUAAUAAGAAGGAAAAGCACGGAAGAAUUUUCGUGUGUGCCAUACAUCAUUGCACUGUCGAAUUGUUUCCUCUACACAUGGUACGGCUUACCAAUCGUGAGUUAUCACUGGGAAAACUUUCCUGUCGUAACCAUUAAUGGGUUAGGGAUUCUUUUUGAGCUUUCCUUCAUAGCCAUAUACUUCUACUUUGCUUCGGCUAAUGGAAAGAAGAAGGUUGCUAUGAUAACAAUACCAGUAUUCGUUUUGUUCUGCAUCGCUGCAAUUUUAUCAGCUUUUGCGUUUCAUGAUCAUCACCAUCGCAAAGCAUUUAUAGGAAGUGCCGGGCUCGUUGCAUCCAUAGCAAUGUACGGAUCUCCUCUAGUGGUCAUGAAACAAGUGAUACAGACCAAGAGCGUGGAAUUUAUGCCAUUUUACUUGUCAUUUUUCUCAUUACUUGCUAGUUCACUUUGGAUGGCUUAUGGACUACUCAGCCACGAUCUUGUUCUUACGUCACCUAACCUGGUAGGUACCCCUCUAGGCAUCCUCCAGCUUUUGUUGUACUGCAAAUAUAAGAAAACUGGAGUUAUAGAAGAAAAACCUCAAAAAUGGGAGUUGGAAAGCUGUUCAGACAAAUCAAAGCAACAACUUGAAAAAUUAGAUGAUGAGAAACUGAAACAACAUUCCCAAAGCACACAUGAUACUGAUACUAAGACGUGAACAAUUUCUUUGAACGUCAAGGUCAAAUGCUACGUUACGAUAACAAAUAAAUGUCAUUGGGCUCUAAGUGGACAGAUGUGGAAAGUUAGAGUUGCACGUCGACCAUCAACACCAAUGGGGAAAAUAAAAAUGUUAAAUCUUAGUCUUUGAAGGGAUUUUGUACCUUUUUGAGUAUACAAAAUAUUAUGUUAAGUGAGAAAUCAAGAAAAGUAUCAUCUUUUUGCAUUAAAAAUAAUAGUAAAGACACAAAUA